UUUAUGAUAAAAAAUUAUAAACAUUAUACACCAUCAUCUUAUUGUUUACAUAAUACAAAUCUAAGAUAAAAAUUUCUAUCUUAUGUAAAAUAUCCAAAAUAGACCUUCACAUUUUGCUGUUAUUUGUUGUGAACAAUAAUAAUGGAAAAUAACUCAACUGGUAAAAUAUCAUUUAAAUUAUUUUGUCGGGCAUGUGAAGAUAUAAGCAAUGCUGCAUUAAGUGAAAGAAAAGUUGCUAUUCUUCAAAAGUUCAUGGGCAUGUAUAGAGGUACCAUAGAACAAAGUUCUGAUAUUAAAAUUGAAGAAACAUUUUAUCCAAUAUUAAGAUGUUUACUUCCAGAUUUGGAUAAAGAAAGAGGAUCUUACAGCAUUAAAGAAUUAAUGUUAGGAAAAAUUUAUGUAAAUAUACUAAGAUUAGCAAAAGACAGCCAAGAUGCUCAAAAACUUAUUAAUUUUAGGCAUCACAAAAUAUCGGAAACAUCUGUAGGGGAUUUUGGUGAUAUUGUUUAUCAAGCAGUAUACAGUAGACUUGAAGAUAAAGAUAUAAUGACUGUUGAUGAAAUAAAUUCACAUUUAGAUAACCUAAUAUUAAAACAUGUCAAUCAUGAACCCAAGCAAGUAGAAAAUAUUUUACAAAUGAUGCUAUUAAAAAUGAAUGCUCUCCAACAAAAAUGGUUGGUCAGAUUACUCUUAAAAAACAUGUGUUUAGGUAUAACACAAACAAAAAUAUUAAAUAUAUACCAUCAAGAUGCUAAUGAAUUGUAUAAUGUCAGCAACAGUCUAGUUAAAAUAUGUGCUAUGUUAAAUAAUCCAGCAAACAAACUCCAUGAAAUUGCAAUUAAAUUGUUUGAUCCAUUUACACCUAUGUUGAGCCAAAGAUGUAAUAUUACAGAUUUAGAUAAGACCAUAAAAGUAAAAAAUGAUUUAUUUUAUGUGGAUACUAAGUUAAAAGGUGAAAGGUUACAAUUACAUUGGGAUGGAAAAUUAUUUAAAUAUUUUAGCAGACGGGGUAAUGAAUACACAGAUACUUAUGAUAGUACCUCUAGUAUGGGAAUAUUAAGUCCUGCAUUAGCAAAAUGCUUUCAUUCCUCUGUUAAAAACUGUAUUUUAGAUGGAAACAUUAUGUGUUACAACACCAAAUUAAAAUCUUAUACUACUAAAGUAAUGAACAGUGAUGUAAAAAUGUUACGAAUUGGAAACACGCAUCAGCCAUGUUUUUAUGUAUUUGAUGUUGUCUAUUUAAAUGAUAAAGUUUUGACUAAUGAAACACUUGAAAAAAGAUUGGAAAUUCUUAGUACUAUUAUAAUACCUUUAGAGGGUAUUUGUAUGUUCGCUACACAUCAUGUAGCAAAAAAAAACGAACUAAUAAACUAUUUAAACCAAGCAAUUGAUAACCGUGAUAAAGGAAUAGUAGUUAAAGAUCCACUAUCUAUUUAUAAACCCGGUACAAGAACCUCCGGAUGGUAUAAAAUUAAACCUGAAUAUAUUAAAGGGACAAUGGUUGAAUUAGAUCUUUUAAUAAUAGGAGGUUUUUACGGUAAAGGUCGACAACGAAACAGUAUCAGUCAUUUUCUAUUAGGCCUAAUGGAAAAAGGUGAUAAUUUUAUAAAAUUUUAUUCUAUUGGACGAGUGGGUUCAGGGUGUUCAGAUGAAGAGUUAGUCGAAUUAUCAAAUUUAUUAGAUCCACAUUGGAAACAAUUAAAACCUGGAGAAUUGAUUCCUAAUAUUGAUUGGAAUAAAGAAAAACCAGAUUUGUGGAUAGACCCUAAAUCAUCUGUUCUAUUACAAAUUAAAGCUACUGAAAUAGUUAGUAAUAGUGUAUUUAAAAGUGGAACAAUGUUAAGAUUUCCAAGAAUUCAACAAGUUAGAUAUGAUAAACCUUGGAAUAAUUGUAUGACUGUUAAAGAAUUUGAAGAAAUAUUAAAGCAAGCUGAUGGUAAGUUAUGCAAUGAGCAUAAAGGUGAUUCUCAGACAAAAAUUCGAAAAGCUCAAGAAAGUCCUAAAUUAAAUAAAAAACUUCGAGUUACUGAUGUACGUAGUGUUAUAAAGUCAUCAGAUAUACUUGAAGGUAAAGAAUUUUGUGUCAUGUCUGAUAGUGAAACUUUAUCUAAAAGCGAAAUAGAAAGAAAAAUACAUGAAUAUGGGGGAGUUACUAUACCAAAUCCAAGUAAUAAUACUUUUUGUGUACUUACCAAUGGUACUAAUAUUCGUAUUAAUGCAAUUAAAAUGAAAGGGGAACAUAGCAUAGUUAAUAUUAAGUGGAUACUUUUAUGUUUCAAUGAAAAUGAAUUUAUAAAUUGGACACCAGAAGAUGUUUUAGCACUUUCAAAGGAGCAUAAAGUAUUAAUGGAUGAAAAAUUUGAUAAUUAUGGUGAUAGCUACUUUGAAAAUGAUACAGUUGAUAGUUUGCGUAUGGCGAUGAAUCGUGUAGAAUUAAAUGAUGUUAAUAUGACUGAAGAAAGCUUCAUUAAAUUCCAGAGGGAUCUCUUUAGUGAAAUUACGUGUUUUAAAACAUUUGGAAAAUGUUUUGUAUAUUUUGACAAUUUAGAUCUGGACAACUUACCUACUCGAAAUUUUCAUUUAAAUUCAGUAUUAGAAAUGAUUAUUUUUAAGUUUAAUGGUGGAACAGUAUGUCCUAAAAUAAAUAAUGAGACUACACAUGUUGUAGUACAUUCAAGUAAUCAAAAUAGUAAAAAAACAUUAGAAAAUAUCAAUUCUAAACGACAAAUACCGUUUGAAAUAGUAGAUGAAAAUUGGAUAAAAAGUCAGAUAAAGUGGUAGUAACUAUAAAUUUAUGUAAAAAAGUACAACUAAUUUUUAUAAUA